AUGGAUCUGGUUGCUCUACAAGAGUCCAGAUGGCCAAUAGCAGGAAAGCUAAAUACCAAAGAUUAUAUAAUAUAUUAUAGUGGAAAUGAGGAAGGAAGAUACCAAAGAGGAGUAGGAUUUGCUGUACGCAGGAAGAUUGAGAGUACUGUGAUAUGUUUCGAAGCCAAAGAUGAAAGACUGUGUAUAAUUAGGAUUAAGGGUAGGUUUAAGAAUAUAUUUGUUAUGAGUGUGUAUGCGCCCACAGAAGAUGCGGAAGACAACAUAAAGGAUGCUUUUUAUGAAAGGAUCGAGGAAGAGUAUAGAAAACUUCCCAGCUAUGACACAAAGAUAAUAAUGGGGGACUUCAAUGCAAAAAUUGGCAAAGAACAAGUAUGGAAAAGUGUGGCAGGAUCAAAUAGCUUACAUGCAAACAGCAAUGACAACGGUAUGAGACUGUUGAGCCUGACAUGGGCAGUAAACAUAAAGAUAAUGAGCACAUUUUUUCUAAGGAAAGACAUACACAAAGCCACAUGGACAUCACCGAAUGGCAUCACAAAAAAUCAAAUAGACCACGUUCUGAUAGAUCUCAGGCAUUCUAGUCAUAUCACCAAUGUACGUAGCAUAAGGAAAGCGGAAUGUGGAUCAGACCACUAUCUAGUUCUAGUCAAUCUAUUACAGAGAAUUAAGAUAGAGAAACAAUCAAAACAGAAAACCUCAAUAAAUGUUAAUUUGGAUCAUCUAAGAAAUGAAAAAAUAAGGAAAGAUUUCCAACUUAAAAUGUCAAACCGUUUCCAAGCCCUAAGUAUCUUAGCUCAAGGAAACCCAGAGGAAGAUAAAAUUGAAAGGGGCUGGACAAACAUAAAGGAAACCCUACAAAACUGUGCAAAAGAUGUGUGUGGAAAGAAUGAAAGGAAGAACAAAAAACCAUGGUUUGACGAAGAAUGCAAAGAAAAAGUGGUGCAAAGAAAGGAAGGGAAAGAGACUUGGCUCAACAGGAAACAGGCAAGAGAUAGGGAAGAAUAUAAAAAACGCUCAAGAGAAACGGUAAAAACACUCAGGAGAAAAAAGAGAGAAUGGGUGAACAAAAUCCUAGAGAAAGCGGAACAGGUUAGGACGGCAAAGAAUAGCAUAGACUUUUAUCGAUCGGUGAGAUUUUUCAGGAAGGGAUACAGCCCAAUGCCAUAUGGAAUCAAAAACACUCAGGAGAAAAAAGAGGGAAUGGGUGAACAAAAUCCUAGAGAAAGCGGAACAGGAUAG